GAAGUCAGAAGUUUACAUACACCUUAGCCAAAUACAUUUAAACUCAGUAUUUCACAAUUCCUGACAUUUUAUCAUAGAAAACAUUCCCUGUCUUAGGUCAGUUAGGAUCACUACUUUAUUUUAAGAAUGUGAAAUGUCAGAAUAAUAGUAGAGAGAAUUAUUUAUUUCAGCUUUUAUUUCUAUCAUCACAUUCUCAGUGGGUCAGAAGUUUACAUCCACUUUGUUAGUAUUUCAUUGCCUUUAAAUUGUUUAACUUUAAAACAUUUAAACAUUUUGGGUAGCCUUCCACAAGCUUCUCACAAUAAGUUGCUGGAAUUUUGGCCCAUUCCUCCAGACAGAACUGGUGUAACUGAGUCAGGUUUGUAGGACUCCUUGCUCGCACAUGCUUUUCAGUUCUGCCCACAAAUUUUCUAUCAGAUUGCAGUCAGGGCUUUGUGAUGGCCACUCCAAUACCUUCACUUUGUUGUCCUUAAGCCAUUUUGCCACAACUUUGGAGGUAUGCUUGUGGUCAUUGUCCAUUUGGAAGACCCAUUUGCGACAGAGCUUUAACUUUCUGGCUGAUGUCUUGAGAUGUUGCUUCAAUAUAUCCACAAAAUUUUCCUUCCUCAUGAUGCCAUCUAUUUUGUGAAGCACACCAGUCCCUCCUGCAGCAAAACACCCCACAACAUGAUGCUGCCACCCCCAUACUUCAUGGCUGGGAUGGUGUUCUUUGGCUUGCAAGCCUCACCCUUCUUCCUCCAAACAUAACGAUGGUCAUUAUGGCCAAACAGUUAAAUUUUUGUUUCAUCAGAGCAGAGGACAUUUCUCCAAAAAGGAAGAUCUUUGUCACCAUGUGCACUUGCAAACUGUAGUCUGGCUUUUUUAUGGCAGUUUUGGAGCAGUGGCUUCUUCUUUGCUGAGCAGCCUUUCAGGUUAUGUCGAUAUAGGACUGGUUUUACUGUGGAUAUAGAUACUUGUCUACCUGUUUCCUCCAGCAUUUUCACAAGGUCCUUUGCUGUUGUUCUGGGAUUGAUUUGCACUUUUCGCACCAAACUACAUUUGUCUAGGAGACAGAAUGCUUCUCUUUCCUGAGUGGUAUGAUGGCUGCAUGGUCCCAUAGUGUUUAUACUUGCAUACUAUUGUUUGUACAGAUGGAUGUGGUACCUUCAGGCCUUUGGAAAUUGCUCCCAAGGAUGAAUCAGACUUGUGGAGGUCCACAAUUUCUUUUCUGAGGUCUUGGCUGAUUUAUUUUGAUUUUCCCGUGAUGUCAAGCAAAGAGGCACUGAGUUUGAAGGUAGGCCUUAAAAUACAUCCACAGGUACACCUUCAAUUGACUCCAAUUAGCCUAUCAGAAGCUAAUUGGCUAAUUGCCUAAAGGCAUGACAUCAUUUUCUGGAUUUCCAGUCUGCUUAAAGGCACAGUUAACUUAGUGUAUGUAAACUUCUGACCCACUGGAAUUUGAUAUAGUCAAUUAAAAGUGAAACAAUCUGUCUGUAAACAAUUGUUGGAAAAAUUACUUGUGUCAUGCACAAAGUAGAUGUCCUAAAUGACUUGCCAAAACUAUAGAUUGCUAAUAUGAAAUUUGUGGAGUGGUUAAAAAAUUAGUUUUAAUGACUUCAACUGUAUUGAAGCCUGCUGGACUUGCACACACUUGCGUGCUCCAGAGAUAAUCUGUGUAAAACACAGAUUUGCUUAUAAAAUUAGAAGAAUAUUUAGCACUUUUGAAGUGCCAAAUGCAAGAUGAAUGUCAUUCAAUUUGCUUGGGCGGUCGCAGAAAAAUUUUAAAUGUCAGAAAAACCCCUGGUCAUGUUUCUUCAGUUUUCUCAGUCUCAUGUUAAGCCCUGUCCACUGAAAGAUACGUCCACACCAAGCACAUGGAUAUUUACAUAUCGCAAUAUACACGAAAUAGCAAAGUUCUAAUAAAGUUCCCAACAUGGUCUUCUGCUGUUGUAGCCCAUCCACCUCAAGGUUCGAUGUGUUGUGCAUUCUGAGAUGCUAUUCUACUCACUACAAUUGUACAGAGUGGUUAUCUGAGUUACCGUAGCCUUUCCGUCAGCUCAAACCAGUCUGGCUAUUCUCCGUUGACCUCUCUCAUCAACAAGGCGUUUUCAUCUUGAAGCUCCUGACCCAUAUCUGCAUGAUUUUAUGCAUUGCACUGCUGCCACAUGAUUGGCUAAUUAGAUAAUCACUUGAAUAAGUACAGUGUAUUCAGACCACUUAAUUUGUUUUCACAUUUUGUUGUUUCAGCCUUAUGCUAAAAUGCUUUAAAUUAUUUUUUUCACAUCAAUCUACACUCCAUAUCCCAUAAUGACAAAGCAAAAACCAGAUUUUUGAUAACUUUGCAAAUUUAUUAAAAAGAAAAAACUGAAAUACCACAUUGACAUAAGUAUUCAGACCCUUAACUCAGUACUUAGUUGAAGCACCUUUUGGGUAUGAUGCGACAAGCUUUGCACACCUGGAUUUGGGGAUUUUCAGCCAUUAUUCUCUGCAGAUCCUCUCAAGCUCUGUCAGGUUGGAUGGGGACCAUCGGUGGAUAGCCAUUUUCAGGUCUCUCCAGAGAUGUUCGAUUGGGUUCAAGUCGGGCUCUGGCUGGGCCACUCAAGGACAUUCACAGAGUUGUCCCUAAGCCACUCUUGGGUUGUCUUGGCUGUGAUCUUAGAGUCAUUGUCCUGUUGGAAGGUGAACCUCCAGCCCAGUCUGAGGUCCUGAGCAUUCUGGACCAGGUUUUCAUUAAGGAUAUCUCUGUAUUUUGCUGCAUUCAGCUUUCCUUCAACAGUGACCAGUCCCUACCACUGAAAAACACCCCAACAGCAUGAUGCUACCACCACCAUGCUUCACCGUUGUGAUGGUAUUGUGCAGGUGAUGAGCGGUGCCUGGUUUCCCCCGGACAUGACGCUUGGAAUUGAGGCCAAACAGUUCAAUCUUUGUUUCAUCAGACCAGAGAAUCUUGUUUCUCACAGUCUGAGAGUCCUUUAGGUGCUUUUUUAUGUCUGGCACUAAGGAGCCAUAAAGCCGAGAUUGGUGGCGUGUUGCAGUGAUGGUUGUCUUCCUGCAAGUUUCUUCAAUCUCCACACAUGAUCUCUGGAGCUCAGCCAGAGUGACCAUCGGGUUCAUGGUCACCUCUCUUAUCAAGACCCUUCUCCCCCGAUUGCUCAGUUUGGCCGAGUGGCCAGCUCUAGGAACAGUCUUUGUUGUUCCAAACUUCUUCCAUUUAAGAAUUAUGGAGGGCACUGUGCUCUUUGGAACCUUCAAUGCAGCCGAAAUUUUUUUGUAGCCUUCCCCAGAUUUGGGCCACGACACAGUCCUGUCUCUGAGCUCUGCAGGCAGUUCCUUUGACCUCAUGGCUUGGUUUUUGCUCUGAUAUACAUUUUCAGCUGUGAGACCUUAUAUAGACAGGUGUGUGCCUUUCCAAAUUAUGUCCAAACAAUUGAAUUUGCCACAGGUGGAAAUCAAAGUUCAAAGAAUCAAAGUUUAGAAAAAUGAAGGGGUCUGAAUACUUUCUGAAUGCACUGUAGGUGUACAGGUGUUCCUAAUAAAGUGCUCAGUGAGUGUAUAUCGUCAUAUCGCCCAGCCCUUAUUGCCCUCUAAUUAGGCUUCGUUUUCUAUAUGCAAAAUAAAAUGUCUUAUUUGUUUCUUUUGAUUUUGGAGUAAAAUAGGACCAGGACAUUUUCUUGACAGGUUCCGUGAGAAUCACCUUUUUUUUUGUUUUUUUUACUCCUUCCCUCCUGUCAUAUAGAGACCACUUGAUGCAAUCCAUUCCUGACAGCCCUCCUUGGGGAGUUCAAGCCCAGGAGUUUCGGCUGGUUCUGAUAACGCUGACUUUGAGCCGUCAGCAGAGAUAUUGUUGCCUGAUUAUGAAGAUGAACAGACCCCUGAAGAUGAGGAGGUGCCGGAGGGAGACGCUAACUUCAGCAAUGAGAUUAAAGACCUUGCAAAGGAGGGGGAAAUGCCCAUUCAGGAGCUCUUAAAUCUCUAUGGUUACGGAGACAGCGGGUCACCAGAAGAAGAAGAGGAGGAGGAAGAAGAAGAUGAGGAGGAUGCAGAGGGAGAUGAGGAGGAGGAGGAUGAUGAAGGAGAGGAUAUGGAAAAUGAUGAGAGCAGCAGAAGCACUGAAGAACUAAAGAAGACCCAGGAGGAUGAAGGAAAGAUAUUCAAGGGUUUGGUGAAUGAGAGUCGCUCAGCUGACAGUCGAACUUGUGCGGUGAAAACCUGUAACACAACUGAACUCAAACAAUCACAGAACUGCAACUACUUUGAGAAUAAUGAAGUAGAGGAGGAAUCAGAAGAAGAUGAGGAUUAUAUUCCCUCUGAAGACUGGAAGAAAGAGAUUAUGGUGGGCUCCAUGUAUCAGGCUGAAACACCGUCUGGACUGUGCAAGUACAAAGACAAUGAGAAAGUGUAUGAGAAUGCCGACCAGCUGCUGUGGAAUCCGGAAAUCCUUCCUGAAAACACUGUGGUGGAGUUUCUGACAGAAGCAUGUCGACGGACCGGAGAGGAGACGGGAGUAGACGCUAUUCCUGAAGGAUCCCAUAUAAAAGACAAUGAGCAGGCUUUAUAUGAGCUGGUGAAGUGUAACUUUGACACUGCUGAAGCUUUACGAAGGUUAAGAUUCAACGUUAAAGCAGCCAGAGAGGAAUUGUCUGUCUGGACAGAAGAAGAAUGCAGGAAUUUUGAACAAGGUUUAAAAGCUUAUGGAAAAGACUUCAAUUUUAUCCAGGCCAACAAGGUCAGAACACGGUCUGUUGGAGAUUGUGUGGCUUUUUAUUACAUGUGGAAGAAGUCAGAGCGAUAUGAUUUCUUCGCACAACAAACUAGGCUUGGAAAAAGGAAAUACAACCUACACCCAGGAGUGACUGAUUACAUGGACAGACUCCUGGAUGAGACAGAAAGUACCGUGUCCAGUCGAGCAGCCACGCCCCUUCCCACCCCCUCCAGCAGCAGCGCCAGCCAAUCAGAGCGAGAGGAGACCAGCGCUCACAAUGGUAUAGGACUCAAUAGUCACAGCUCCAGUGCAGACUCCACACAAACAUCUAGCAGUGUGAACGAGCUGAAGAGUGAAUCUGUCCAGUCAAAUGGAGCAGACAGUAUAUCCACAGAUCAUCAGGACUCCAACGGCUGUGAACUCACAGACACCCACAACACGGACACAAACGGCUCUGUGGAGCACCAACAGGACAGCCAGAGUCUCGAUAGGCCAACAAAAAAGUGCCGGACAGAAUCAGAAUCGCUGACCCAGGCCGAGACGGACCCUUCCAGGGUGAAGGAAGACUGAAUGAGACAAAAGGUCAGGCCAGAUCCAGAGACUAUGGGGAUGGGAUAGCGCUGUUACACCUCUCACCCCAUCCACCCUAAAUCCAAAGCCAAGCUGCUCCAAAAACACCACCCUCCGACUCAAUCUACAGCCAAUUAAUGCUCCUUUUUCACGAAACCAUUUUUCAGAGACAUGUAAAUUCUAUUUGUAACGGAAUUUGUCAGAUAUUUUUUUACCGACAAGAUAUUUAUAUUUUUAUGGAGACAUUUUGACAAUGGGUGAAUAUGCUGUGUAAGCCAUUAUACAUUAUUCAUGAUGAUUGUUGGUGGGCGUGGCCUCUCAUGUAUGCGGGUGUGGUGGUCAGUGUAUAUCCAGGUACAUCAAGCUGCACUUUUGUCCUGUGUGUUGGUUCACGUGACAAACAAAUGCUUCAGUGCUUGGCUUGUUUGUGUCACUGGAGGUGUAAUACGAGCUCCCGACUUUCCUUCAAGAGAUGUAGUACAAAAUAAAUAAGCCAGUGGAAUCACUCCUCGGUUUGUUUUUGUAAAGUGUUUGACAUCAGUGAUGUCUGCUCGGAAACUCACUCAUUGGUGUAAUUUUCAUGUAUGUUUCCAGUAACUGGGCGAAUCUCACAGAGAAAUGUCUGGAUUAUAUUUUAUGCCAAAAUCAAAAGAAAGAAAUACAAAAAGAGAUUUUGAAUUAAGAAAACGGAGCUGAAAAUGAAUUUGUUUUCAUGACAGUUAAGCACACUUCCACCAAAUUCUUAUUACUGUAAUCUCAUCCUUAUUACCAUAAUGUGUUUAGAGGUUUACUUUUGAGUUUGUUUAUAAUUCUAAUAAAUUAUCAUUGAUGAAUCCCAUUACAUUCUCAUAGAUUACUGUAAUACAAAAAUGAAAAUCAUAAAAUAAAAUAGAAAUCAGCAUAAAUUAAAUUCAGUACAACAAAUACUACCAUGAUGUAUAUUUAUAAGUGUAUUUUACAAAUGUAUUUAAUAAUUUCAAUAGUAUAUCAGUAUAUUUAGCAUUACAAUAAUGAGAAUGAGAUUAAAAAAAAAACAAUUUAAGCAAAUAUUUUGAACCUCUUUUCAUCCAUUGUUUAUGAUUUGUAUAUAUUUUUAAACUGGCAUAUAUCCCAUGCUCUUAAUAAUAAUCAAUCUGUAAAUGGAUCUCAAGUUUUUCCUUGAGUUUUAGUACCUGAAAUGCACAUAACUAACAGUUGUGGAAAAAAAACUAAAUCCUUGCUAAGCUGCAAAAUGUUAAAAUUUGUAGCAAACAAAUCACCAUUGAAUCACCACUGACAGUGAGUAAUACGGCAGAAUUAAUACAGUGAUGUGAUCCAAAUGCGAUGCAAAUAUUGCCUCCAACCCAGAAUCAUUCAAUAUAUUAUCUUUCACCAAAAGACAACUUAUCUCAUGCCUAUCCUUUUUUAAUCUUUUGUUUUUGCUUUAAAACAGCUGUUGAAACGGAACCUCAUAACUGUCCAUUUAGAUUUACUUCUCUAGAGCCUUGUGUAUCAGUAAGUUUUAAGAAAAUGAAGCAUUCUGUUUCUCAGAAAUGGCAUGGAUAUUUCAGAAAUUGCAUUUUAAGACGUCAUCACGUAUUUUGUUUAGAAUGAAAGGCCACUCUUCAACAGAGCUUUAGUGUAAUAUACCUCCUCCCAUCUCAUACCUAAACAAGCACCUGGCCAGUUAUAGAAAUGAAUUCACUCUUCAUUUCACACCAUGUCCUUGAAAAGGUUCAUCAAUCAUCCAAUAGGUCCUGCAUGGUGCCAUGUCUCCAUAAGUAUAUUUACAUGUUUCGCCUCAUGUAUGUGAUUCAAGAAAUAAUCAUAUUUUAAAUGGUCUAGUGUGGGAUAUAUCCACUCACUGAUCAGAACUUAUGCAUAAAUCCAUGUUAAAUAGUAAAGCAG